GUCUCUGUUAUCAAUUGGGGCAGAAAUUCAAAAAUGUGUAACGUUUCGGGUUUCGGUUUAUGUAGAGUAUAAUAAUACGUAGUAAAUAACACGGGAAAGGAAGAAUUUAAUCGUGUUUAUCACGAAUUGCCAAAAGAUAGAAGGAGUGCGAUUAAAAGUGUAGAAUCAUUUGGCUCGAAAACAUUUAUUUAAAAUCCAGAGGAUUUAUUUCGCGAUUAAAUUGUAGAAUUGAGGUUUUUAUUUCUCUCUCCGUAUAUUUUUCGCAAAGUUGAGCGAAUCCUGUAGAAAAAAGUUUUGGGGCGGGGAAACAGAACCGGUACAUUUACAAACGAUCUACACAAGAACCUACAUUUUCCUAACGGCCGCGCGUUGCAGUAAUAAUUCCACCGAUUUCGCAUUGACGUUUAAAAGAAAUACAGGGUGUGCCAAAAUCAAGGUGGACGGAAAAAUGAAAUAAGCGAAGUGGGUGACGCAACGCACGAACGAGAGCGAGAUAAGGAAAAGGAAAAAGAAACGUAUUCGCACUGAGCUAAAUGAUGGCAACAUGGCGAGCCAACGAUUGUCCUAAGAAAAACAGGGAAUUGGGCCGCACACUAUAAAUUAUUAAAAGUUGCUGAAGGAAGUUAAAAAUCAGGCAAAAAUAGCUACAGGAUCGACGAAACAAGCAAAAAACAAUAAUCGAUCCAAACAAUAAAAAUCUGUGAACGUUAUAUAAAAAAAUAAAAGCUAUAUAUCUCACUUUUGUAUCGAUGAGACCCAUACCGCUUGUUUAUCAAAAUUGUAAAGCUUUGAAUAUUGUGUUUAGUCCGACGGUGAAAUGACCGAAUGUUAAAAGAAAAACACUUUUUUUGCUUUUUUUUUCUUCCAAAUUCCAAGUUGCUGGGUAAUGAAAUUUCAUUCAGAAAGUAUUCAAAAUUGACUUUUGAUCUUUCGUUAAAACUAUAAUAUUUUAAUCAUGUAUCGCACAAUGGUACCUUCUCCCAUGAUGGUUCAAAUCGUCGACAAUCAACAAACAAAUUCUCAGCCUGGUACACCGGGCCAAAACUAUAAUCAACGUCCUAAUAACACAACAAAUACCACAAUCAAUCGACACACAAAUUAUCACGCAUAUCGUCCCAAUACCUCUGUCAACAGACAUCCUUUCAUGCAGACAGGAUCGUACCGUUUGGAAGUGUUGCAACUGAUGGGUUUGGAGAUACCACCGUUGAGAGGAACAGAUUUUAGAAUGCAAAAUAACGGUGGCAUUUGGCAAAGAAGAUCGUGUCCAUCAGGCAAUAAUCCAUCAAAUAUGCCACCACCAAAUCACUCGAAUUAUCGUCCUGAAUAUUUUAAUGGAGGGGCGAAUAAAAAACAAAAUUGGAAUAAUCGUGCAAACAAACGUAAUGUUGGCUGUCGCGAGAUAUUACCAAAAAAAGAGACUUACAGCAGCGACAGUGGUUUCAGCUCACGUUCACCAACACCCAGCAAAAAUCGUGGCGACAGUAGCCAAACGGAAAGCUCGGACGAGCGUGAUUCCGUUUCUUCCUCCAUAGAUCAGGAAAACAAACAUUUACACGAGAUGAAUAAAAAUUCAUCGAUCGUAAGCAACGUAAAUACGGCGCAGAGUGGACAAAUGACGGUCGCUACGAAUCAACAAUAUUAUCCGACCCAACGAAACCCACCUAACUACAAUAACAAUGCGAAUGCACUGAGACCUCAAACGCAAAAUUAUCCAGGCAAAAAGAGAUAUCACACUGGGAGGAACAGUCCACCUUCUCAGAGAAAUCAAAAAGGAAGAAGAUUCACGAGUGUAGUGCUGCCUUCCUACAAUUUGCUACCCCGCAGUUACAUCGUAGCACCGGAUCGUUUUCUCGCAAGGUCGCAUCUCGUCCAAGUGCAUGUCGCGCCCGACGAUCUUUAUGGCGGCACCGGAUGGAGUGGACUUUCUCACGACAUUUGGGCAAAAUUUAUUGCGCAUCAACAGACCGAAUCUACCUUCAAAAACAAAAUGAUGCUCUGGAAGGGUCUCUACUUUUAUAUAAAAACCACGUUUCCAAAGUACGGCCUUUUUUUGGUCGGUUCAACGAUGAACGGCUUUGGAUCUGAUAACAGUGACGUGGAUCUCUGUCUUCUAGUCAGACAAACGGAAAUGGUGCAAAGAAUCGAAGCCAUCACCCAUUUGCAGCAGUUACAAAAGUGUCUCAGAGGCUGUGAUUACGUGGAACACUUAGAAUUAAUAAAAGCCAAAGUGCCAAUAUUAAAAUUUCGUGAUUACAUAAGAAACUUGGAGGUCGAUCUCAACUGCAACAAUGCAGUGGGAAUCAGAAAUACUCACUUGUUGUACUGUUACUCGAGAAUCGAUUGGCGAGUUAGACCUCUUGUACUAGUUGUCAAACUUUGGGCACAGUGCCAAGAUAUUAACGACGCCAAAAACAUGACCAUUUCCAGUUACUCCCUGGUUCUCAUGGUUAUACACUUUUUACAAUGUGGAGUUACCCCGUGCGUACUUCCGUGCCUUCAUGCAAUAUUUCCAAACAAGUUCAGUCCUAGCUCAGAUAUUCACGGUAUCGAUAUCCAGGAAGACCUCAAAAUCGAAGUUAAUCCGGUCAAUCGUCAACCGCUUGGUGAACUGUUAUUCGAAUUCUUCAAAUACUACGCUAUGUUCGAUUACAGCAAAUAUGCGAUAUCGGUGAGGAUGGCAAGAAAAAUGCCAAUCGACGAGUGUCGCAGAGUAAUUUCUUACAAAAACGAUCCUUACGAAUGGAAAUAUCUGUGCAUCGAAGAACCGUUCGAUCUAACGAACACUGCUCGUUCGGUAUACGAUUACGCAGUAUUCUCGCGAAUAAAAGAGAUUUUCGUAAACGCCUAUCAAAGACUGAAGGACAAUCGUGAUCUCGGGAGUAUAUUUGUGAAAACAGGACCACGAAUGGUGCAGCCAUACCCUCAUUACGGCCACUAGAUGAGUGAAGAAUAGUGAUGUGGUUUUAAUCUGCGAAGCCACACGAAGGGAAUUUUUCUUCAUCCUAUUUAAAACACAUUCGUUUUUUACUUUUUUCUCUUUCAUUCGUCGUUCUUACACGUCGAUACCUUUGCAAUUAAUUCGAGGGGAAGACGGGAUUCGAAAGGAGAAUAUACGGUCGCUUAACAGCGCAAUUAGUCGUGGUUGAUGAUUGUCCAAAGUUUUCGAAAAAAAAAACGACUCGAAUGUCGAUUAUUUUUCGAGAGUGGGAGAAAUAAGCAAUUUGUGAUGACACUUGAAAACGAAGUUGAGGAUUUUCUCUUGAAAACGAAUUGUUGCUCAAUAACGAUAAUUUUCGAUGGGGAUGAUCGAUACCUUUUGUCAUUAAAAUGAGAAAAAGCCUGAUGACGUUUGUGUAGGAAUAGGAAUCGUGCCCAAAAAAAGAAUUAAGAAUUGGAUGGACAAUUUAAUUGCGACGAUUAUUUCACCAACGUAUCAAAUCGUCGUAGAAUUAUGACGACUUGGGCAACUUGUAUCAAAUUGUUGAGAUGUAUUUGUGUCCGAGCCGUUCGUGAAGACGCGAAACAAAGAUGGAAACUAGCGGAGGUACAUGGAAGGCGGUGAUAGAAUAUUUAUAGUUAAAAAUACGUGUUAAUAGAUCGCGAAUAUUUUUUUAUUUAUACUUCUUAAACCGCGUAGAAAAUCGCGAGGCCUUAUAAACGGUACGGUACGUUGAUUGUCCGAACUGGAAAAAAAUAAAUAAAAACAAACGGAAUAUGAAGAAAAAAACAAAUAUGCUCAAAAAGAAGGACUUAAAGUGGCUAGAGAAUAAUUGCCAAGAAAAGUGUCGCAAUACACCUAUUAAAAAGAAUUAAAAAAACAAAAACAUAUCGUAUCCACGGGAAUCACGUGAAUGGCUGAAAGUGAUUUUUCUCAAUACAGAAAAAAGGACGAAAAAAAUUAUAUAAAAUAAAUUAAAACACGACUACAAAAUAAUGAAAAAAAAAAAAAAAAAAACAAAACUAUGCAUUUAAUAAUAAUUUGUUUGGAAUGAGACAAGAGAGCGCAAACGCGAGGAAUUAGUCGGUUCCUAGAGCGCUCAUGAGGUGGACUUUUUUUGUGUUUCACUACGAAAACCGUCCUUGAAAAAAGAAAGCAUAAAUAUAACGAUAAUUUAUAGUAAAAAUAGGCAAAAAAAUAUAAAAAUGAAAUAUGAAAAAAAAUAUAUAAAAUAUCCAAAGAGAAAAACAUGUUAAAAAAUGAAUAUUAUAUAUAUAUACAUGAGAGAUCGUUAAUGAUAUUUAAGUUUGUAGUAUUAAUUGUUUGUAAGUGUCGUAAGAAAAAAAAACAGUGUCGAAUCAUGAUAGUUUUGUUUUUUUUUUGCGUCUGUGAGGGAGAAAAUACGUAAGUCACGCCUGCGCGAAUUUAAUGCAUUGAUAGAAGAUCAAAUUUAUUUCGCGUUAUCAACAGGCCGGGCUUACUUCGAGCCUUAGAGCCCAAAUUCUUGUGUUCGAUGCAGAAGCAUUCUUCGACGAUUAUCUAACAACCAAAGAAUUGGGGGAAAUGAAGGCGGGGAGGAGAGCGUUGUCGGACGAUAAUAACCGUUCGUACAUUCCAAAUGAUCGACGUUAAUUUGGGUGAGAAAAAAAAAGGAACUGAAAAAUGAAUAUCAUUUUGACGCGAGUGAGUUUGAUAAUAUUUCAAUUUUGAAAUUUAUACUACGAUCAAUUUCCUAGCGAAUUUUUUCUACCAAGUUCCUAACGUUAUGACAAUACACGAAAGAGGAGAAUAAAUCUCAAGUUAUCGGAAAAAACGCGAGUUCACGAAGCGUGCGUUUUUCGGAUUUCUAUUUUGUACCACGAUUCGAUUCUCAUUUAAAAUUGCAUCUACGUAUGCUUGAUUAUUUUUUUUUCUGUUUUCUGAUUAAUCGAAUCGUGACUUUGCGAAUGGAUUUUUCCACUGUCUCGCAACGAUUUUUCGGAAAAUCAAAUGUGAGUCGCAAUGAAAAAUUAUCCGAGUAUUUCAAAUCGAAUGAAACAUCAAUAUUUCCAACUAUUUUUUGAAAACCGCUUUCGUUUUGAUGUGGAAACAACCUUAGACAUGCCACCUGAGUUGUGAGGCUGUGUCACCAUUUUACAUUAUUGUAAACUUUUCAUGUUAAUUGUAAUGAAAAUCGCUAUCGCUUUCGCUGGUUCGGUGCAAAAAAAAAAAAUGUAUUGUCGGCAAUAAUUCAAUUUAAUAUUCAUGAAACGGUUUCUUCAUACCGAACUUCAUUUUGUUCCGAAAUUAUUGAAGAACCCAUAAUUCCAUCAUAACUUUAUUCCGCUUUUAGAAUUCUGGUUUUCGAAAUGUUUCUUUCUUUUCUACCUUUUGCACAGAUCCGGCGUUCGUGAAAAGCGUGAUAAUGAAGCCGAAAAGUAGACAUGUAGAAAAAUAAUUCUGUCAAAAAUUAAUCCGUCGAAUUCGGCGAUUUCAAAAUCAAUUUUGUAUUAACAUUCGAUCAAUAGUGUGACCCUUUGAGUCACACUGUUGAAAAAAAUGUUUCAUGUGUAUUUCAAUAUUUAAAAACAGACACUGUAAUUACGCAAUUUUUGUGACCGUUACAAUCGAUAUGAAUUAUAGUAAAAAAAAAAUAUUUUCAACACAAAAUUAUGAUGUUCAUCAACAUUCAAACAUUUCCGGAUCUUCACUUUUCUUAUCAACAUUUUCGAGCAUAUUUUUGGAUCUACCAUUUUUGCAUCAAAUUUGAUUAAACAACCUCGAUUGUAACGGAAUUGAUAUGUGAAUUCUGAAUUUGUAAUUCAUAAGCGAAUUAUCAAAUUAUUUUUUGUAAAUUUCAUUUUUUCGCUCGAAAAUAAAUGCAAUGUUUAUAUAAACGGAGUGAUAAUUAUUUUGUUUCGAAACAAGCAUCGUUGAGAGUUGGACUGCAUGCAGAGGGAAAGAAAAACUAAUUCAAAAUAAUUCCCUUGUUCAUGUCACAUUUAUUGGGUACCAUAAGAAUUUUACAGUGAAACAUUGUUUUCUGUUUUUUUUUUUUCGCAAUACAAUCUGCAGUUGGGUGGUGCGUUGUUAGGAGAGAAUGAAAAUAAAAAUAUAAGAAUUUCUCGCGCUUUGCGUAGUAAUUCAUCUAUCAUACAAAUCAUGUUGCGCUCUAUUACGGGAUUAUUGACCGAAAAUAAGAUUUCCAUAAAAAUACACAUUCGUAUACGAUCAGUAACGAACCAAUGGAUGAAAACGUAAUUUUUUUUAUCAAUGAAUUUAGGACCGAAAAUAUAUUCUGAAGUCCAUGAGUAAAGAGAAUAAGAAAAUAGUGUGAAAAAAACACUCAUUUACCUCGAAGUAGUAUGGGAUCGAAAAACGUUUGUCAUAAGUAUAAAUUUUUCUCUGCUGACACAAUGUAAUCGUAUCUUGAUAUUAUCGAGUUUCUUCGAUGACUACGCAAAAAUAAUUUGACAAAAUCAACGAGUAAAGAAAACGAUUUAUUAACUCUCUCUCUCUCACACACACCUGCUCCUUCCUUGGACUGCGUUAACCUUAUGCAUACAUAUAUUUUUGUUUGUUACAAGAAAUUAAAGAAAUAACGAAAUAAACGAGGAAGAAAAAAGAAGUGAAGAUGAUUAAACGAAUCAACAUGAUUAUAUGAAAUAAUCGAAUAUAAUCCCGGAUAAUUUUUCUGUUUGUUUUUUAUGUUCUCGGGGCUUAAGGGCCCGUAAUACACGAAACAAAAAGAGUUGUGUGUAAACAAAGAGAAAGGAAAAAACAACGUGUAUCCUUUGUACGCUUCGAUGAAGAAACUUUGUGUUCAGCCUCACUCCGUUCGACGACGAUUUUUCAUUUUGUUGUUGGCCCUGCCGCGAUUUACUCCUUUAUUUCGUUCUUUUUUUUUCAAUUACGGAGAUUCCUUCCGAGGUCUGUGCUCUUUUCUUUUUCUCAAGCGAAGAAACGAUAAACGAAAAAUAAAAAAAGAAAAUUCGAUCCUCCAAGCUAUCAUCAUCGGAAAUGAUUUUCCCUUUGUUCUUUUUUUCCGUUUUAGGAUCAAAUCGAAAGACGG